UUACCGGUGAAGUGUAACUGUAUUUACGUUUUGGCGCUACUUUUUUCAGUAUUUUAGGUUGUUUUUAGGCCUUUUAAUUAGGUUAAGUAUUGAAUUUGUCUUAUCAUGCUGUGUAGUUUGUGCGUAUAAAUAAAAUAUAAGACUUCCCUUUGUUGAAUUUGGACUUUAGCUUACGUGAUAACCUUUUUGCCGAUAACCAAUAGUCUGGUAAAGAGAACGCUAGUGUACUUGUUAUCUACUGUCCUUACUAAGUAAACGCAACCAUGAAGAGAGGAGCCUUAAUUGUUAUUGAAGGACUAGACCGGACAGGGAAAUCUACACAAUGCAAAGCAUUAGUGGAAGGCCUGCUGAAGAAACAAAUAAAAGCCGAGUACACCAAUUUUCCAGCCAGACAAACCGAGAUUGGGAAAGUUAUCAAUAGUUAUCUCAUGUCCAAGAAAGAGCUGUCUGAUGAAGCCAUCCACCUGCUGUUCUCAGCAAACCGCUGGGAGAGAGCCGGUGAGAUUGUCAAGACCCUGGAGGAAGGCACCAGCAUUGUUGUGGAUCGGUACUGCUACUCUGGGGUGGCAUUUUCAGCUGCUAAAGGUCUAGACAUAAACUUCUGUAAAGCCCCGGACAUGGGGCUGCCCAAGCCAGACCAGGUGUUCUUCCUGACCAUGCCCAUUGAGAGCAUAGAGCAGAGAAACGGCUUCGGGAAUGAAAGGUACGAGGUUUUAAGUUUCCAAAAGAACGUGGCAGAAAUGUAUCACCAGCUAAAAGAAGACGACUGGGAGGUAUUAGAUGCAAGAAGAUCAAUAGAAGAAAUUCAAAAAGAGAUAUUGGAGAAAGCAAUGCAAGUGGUAGAAAAAGCUGCCGACCAGCCCAUAGGCAAGGUGUGGAUCAAAUCCUGAUGUGACUAGUUAUAGUCUGUUUGGAAAGAGAAGAGUCGUGGCAGAAAUGGAAACCAACAUUUUCUUUAUAUGGCAAUCAAUGUAGUGUUGUGUUCCUGCCGGUGAGUAAGGUUGCCAGGACUCAACUAGGGCGCAUUUCGCGAGUUCGAAGCGUCCACGGCCACGAAGACUACUUACCAUCAGGCGGGCGGUAUGAUUAUUUGCCACCGACAUAUAUAUGGGUAAUAUUGGUAAUCAUAUAACUGUGUAUUAUGAUAUUUCUGCCGUAUCUCUUCUUUCCAAACAGACAAUAUUUUGAACAGUAUUUAUAUUAAGUUGUGUUCUAAAAUGAUAAUUAAUUAAUUACCUACUGAACAAGUUUUGUUCCUAUUAUCAUCAAUUUAAGAUGGCUCUGGUCAGUGGAAAAAUGUAAAAAGUAGUUUCAAAGUUAUUGCAAUCAUGAUUAAUUACUAGAAAAAUACACGAAUAAUUAUUUAAUAAAGUAUUGAAAUGUUAUGUGGAUGUGGGCCUUAGUAAAACAUUGUAAAAUCCAUACUAAUAUUAUAAAUGGGAAAGUGUGUGUGUGUCUGUUUGUUUGUCCGUCUUUCACGGCAAAACGGAGCGACGAAUUGUCGUGAUUUUUUAAGUGAA